UCUAGCACAAAGACAAACAAAUGUUUCUUUCUGGCAUUGUGGCAUUUUGUACCUACUUGUCUCUAUCAUUUACAAAUACGUGUUCGUCAAAAAGGUUCUCACGACGCUCCUUGUAAUCCAAAACUUUGUGACUGUAUUCAAGAGGACAAAAUAAAAGUAUAAUAUCAUAAACGAACGAAAAAUGAAUGAAUUAAAAUCUUUGGAACACGCAACGUUGAAGGUACCGUACGAAGUGUUCAACAAACGCUAUCGUAAUGCCCAGCGUGUAUUUGAUGUGGAAGCUCGUCAGGUUGGGAGUAUAGCCACAGAAGUGGACACUGCCACUAAAAAGCAAGGAGUGACUUCUGGAGAGAUUGAUACUCUUCUUGGUGGCAUGGUUGAGAAACUAACAACAAUGAAACGUAAGGCAUCUGAAGCUAUCGCGGAGGAGAUGCAAGCCGCUUACGUGUGUAAAAAGAGGUUGGAGCACUUGAAGGAACAAGCAGCCGCACUGGCUGAACCUAGUACUCCACAAGUCAAGACUAGCUUGAACCAGUGGAGGAAGGUGCGGCUCGACAGAAUGCUCGUCGAGUAUUUCCUCCGCAACGGGUACUACGACUCAGCUAACAAGCUCGCCGACGCCAGAGGACUGAGGGAGCUCACUAAUGUUGAUAUAUACACAGUAGCCGCUGAAGUGGAGGCGGAACUGAACUCCCAGCGCACCGCUCGCUGCCUGCAGUGGUGCGCAGACAACAAAUCCAAACUGAGGAAACUCAACUCUAAUAUGGAGUUCAAAAUACGGAUACAGGAGUUCAUUGAGUUAGUUCGUGAGGACAAACGCUUGGAAGCUGUCAAAUACGCGAAGAAGCACUUCUCUACUUUUGAAGAGGACCAGCUCAAGGAUAUACAGCAUUGCAUGGGCAUGCUCGCCUUCCCUAAGGACACAGAGGUGGAGCCGUACCGCAGCCUGCUGCAGCAGUCGCGGUGGGCGGCGCUGGUGCAGCAGUUCCGCUGGGAGCACUCGCGCCUGCUGCACCCGGCGCGGCUGGCGGCGCUGCCCGCCGCGCUGCAGCUGGGGCUGGCCGCGCUCAACACGCCGCAGUGCUACAGCGACGCCACGCGCGUCUCCGCCUGCCCCGCCUGCCAGCCGCCCCUCAACGCGCUCGCCGCCACGCUGCCCCACGCCCACGUCUCCCACUCGCGUCUGCUCUGCCGCAUCUCCAGGGCGCCCCUCAACGAGCACAACCAUCCCAUGGUGCUGCCCAACGGACAGGUCUACGGAGAGAAGGCUCUUAAAGAAAUGAUGAAGGAGCACGGUUCCAUCAUCUGCCCGAAAACCAAAGAGGUGUUCUGUAUGAAACGCGUUGAGAAAGUAUAUGUUAUGUAAUACAUAUAAGACCUAGUAUUGUACUAUGUACAUAUAUCCACAUAAAUAUGGUACCUACCAGCAUUUAUCGCGAUCUUGACUUGUAUU